UGGACGCCGCGCCAAAUUAUGAUGAUUUGAUUGAGAAUAAUUGAAGAAAUGAUGUCGGACUUGACAGACGAAUAUAUGCAUUAUUAUCAGUCCCUCUCGUUUCAGUUUGAUGAGGUAGAUUCUUUUGAAAAAUGCAGCAUUAAAAGAAAAUGUCUUGCGCAAAGUUUCAAAACAUCCGUCACCAUGUCUUCCAAUGAAACAACAUGCACCAUACUAGAAGAGCAAUUGCAAGAAUAUGCAAAAUUGGUUGACAAUCAGGAUGAUGAUGACGUUAAUAACUAUGCAAAGCCCAUUGAGGCUCUCACAGCACGUGCUAAAAUUGAAAGCUUCCAGUGGAAAAGUGACCUAAAGGAUGCACAAUCAAUCUUGAAUAGGAUGCUUGUUCCACUUGACUGCAGUGGUACAUUAGAGUGUCAGGCUGCCAGAGUAACAGAUAGUGACAUAAAGAUGCUGGGAUCAGCCCUGAAGAAGAACUGGAACAAAAAUUCAGUGCCCAGUACGUCAUCCCACAAUGGAUCGGCAACUGGUUUGCGGAAUAAUAAUCAGCAAUAUUUGGGGUCUGAUUUACCCGUAGAGGUAGAAGAUAGCUUUAAUGCUAAUCGUGGCAACUCAUUAUUACAUUCUAACUUGAAGCAAGCACCAAUCCCCAACCACCCUUUGUUCCAAAAACAAGAAACAGGUGUGUGGAUGCCAGGCAGGCAAAAUCUGCCAGGUGUAGGUUUCCCAGACACUGUUGAUGUCAAAAAAACUAUGCAGAGCAGAAUGUCAGCAGCAGUACCAAAAUUUAAUCCGCAGAAAGAUGUGGUUUGGGGUCCAUCAGUGCAUCAGAGGGAUACACUUCCUUCAUCCACAUCAUCUACUAAUCAAUCAAAUAUCUUCAGGCAAGAGAAGAAAGGUUACAGUAAUUUUGAUGAAGGGAACCAACAUCAAAACACAGCUUUUCAUACUGCUAGAGAAGAACUGAGCCUUCAGAAUCAGAAGAAGUGGGGUUCUGGCAGAUGUGGCAGUGCCUCAUCAAUGGAACAGCAGCCAUCCUAUGCCUAUGGUGCUCAGAAACGGUCCCUUGGCACUCGACGUGGUGUUAUGAACAAAUUUAUUCCUCCAAUAAGAAAUGAAGAAGGAGAUAUGCUGGAAAGGCAUCCAAGAAAUGAUUAUAACCAGGGAAUGGUACAAGAAGAGGAUGAAAGACUGAAAAACAUUGACCCGAAAAUGAUUGAGUUAAUACGAAAUGAAAUUAUGGACUGUGGAGCCCCUAUCACAUGGGAUGACAUAGCUGGACUUGAAUUUGCAAAGUCUACAAUCCAGGAAAUUGUUGUCUGGCCUAUGCUCAGACCUGAUAUCUUCACUGGUCUGCGUAGGCCACCAAAAGGGAUUCUUCUGUUUGGACCACCUGGUACAGGCAAAACACUUAUUGGUAAAUGUAUUGCUUCACAAUCACGUUCAACAUUCUUCAGUAUAAGUGCAUCUUCCCUGACAUCAAAGUGGAUUGGUGAAGGAGAAAAAAUGGUUAGAGCUUUGUUUGCUGUGGCGAGGUGUCAUCAACCAUCUGUUGUCUUCAUAGAUGAAAUUGACUCUCUGUUAAGUCAAAGAAGUGAGACUGAACAUGAAAGCUCUCGGCGCAUAAAAACUGAAUUCCUUGUUCAGCUGGAUGGUGCUGCAACUGGAGAAGAAGAUCGUAUAUUAGUUAUAGGGGCAACAAAUAGGCCUCAGGAACUGGAUGAGGCAGCGCGCCGCAGACUUGUGAAACGUCUUUACAUUCCGCUGCCCGAGUUUCAGGCAAGGAAGCAAAUUGUGGAACGUCUUAUGUCAAAUGAGAAACAUUGCUUAUCACCCGCUGAAGUAAAUGAAAUUUCAUCACUAACAGAGGGGUACUCAGGAGCAGACAUGAAAAAUCUUUGUCAGGAAGCCUCUCUUGGACCUAUUAGGUCAAUGAAUUUCCUACAUAUUGAAAACAUUACUUCAGACCAGGUUCGGCCCGUGACUGUAGAGGAUUUCAAGACUGCCUUAAGGAGGGUAAGAGCUAGUGUUUCACAGACAGACCUGAUACAAUACGUGACAUGGGAUAAACAGUAUGGAUCAGGAGGCCCAAUAUGAGGUUUUUGUGAGAAUUAUUAAUUGAGGCUGAAUACAAACUUUGUUUGUCCAGUUUCCAUGAGAGCGGAAAUAUGUUAUUGUGUUUGGUACAAGCAAACACAAGGUUUUAACAUAAAUAAGCUAUUUUGUAAGCUGAGAAAUAGCUUAUGUGGAUAUGUUAGUUUUGUUACUUAUUAAGGCAUAACAGAAAAAUUUCUGUGUCUCAGUUUCGAGUCAAAGGAUAUAUGUUUUCUUGUUGAAAUAGCAAUGGUUAUCAUUCUGCUAUUUUGAAAAUUUGUUA